UGUAUCUGUAGUCACUGGUAUUAUGUUCCUUUUGUUCAUUACGAAUUAUGACGAAUUACGACUGCCAUUACUUAUUAUCGUGAUGUUGAAGGAUACAAAAAAAUGUUUAUCGUUACAGUGAAAGUCAGAAAAUGUAUUUUCACCGACCCAAAACCUACUUCUGUGCUGUAAUGUCAUUAUUUUGUGAUAUGGUUUAACAAUACACUUUCUUAGACAUAUUUAAAAAUUGUAAAUAACCUUAUCUCUAUUAAUUCUUUUUUCAAAUAAAUGGAAUAUGGCUAAGACUAAAACGAUUAGUAAAGUAUGCCCAAAAUGUGAACAGCAGGUACCUGUUGCCUGCAAAGCAUGCCCGUGCGGGCAUUCGUUUUUCAAUGCAAGACGUAAUUCGAUUAAAAGUCCUCCUAGUCCUGACAAUGGAGUAAUGAAAACUAGACAAACUAAUCGACCCAAACAGAAACCAAAUUAUUAUGAUUCAUUAGAAUAUGAUAAACAGUCAAAGAAAAGUGCGAAAAUAAGAAAAGCGACAGAUGCUGCUAGUGACAUAGACUGCAGACAAUUAAAUAAGAAGAAGAAAAGAAAAGCAAAGACUAAAGGUAAAAAUGGAUGUAAUAACGGAAUAGCAGAUGAUGACGAUGAAGUGCAAGGUAUCAAUGGUUUAUCACCAGAGAAACAGCUCACAUGCUCCUUAAUACUACAGGAAUUAAAUAACAAAAUGAGAGUUGUUGCCUGGAAACCUACAUAAUUUUUCUACGUAUUCAUAUAUCUUCUAUCAUCUGAAGUACUAGCAUUUAUUAUUAAUUCGCUCUGAUGUAAUCAUUUUAUAUAGAUAUUAAACAGUUUGUUUAAGAUAUCUAUCAAUAAUCGCAUCAUGAACCAUUGAAAUGGUAUUAUAGAAUUUGAUGCAUAAACUAAUAAAAACUGCAAACUGUUUUGUGAUACAAAAAGAACGUAUACUUCAUUUUAUUAUCUUCUGAUAGAAAAAGUAAGACUAUGUAAGUGAAAAGAAUAUAACUUUUAUUAAA